ACUGGAGGUCAACAACAACUCCCUUUUUCCCCAUUUCUUUUCUUUCUUUCUUUUCUUUCCCCUGCAUCCCUUCCACAGCAUGGGCUCAGGGAGCAGGAUAAAGUUUGCUGUUUGUGAGGUGCUGCAGUUUGCCAGUUUUUGUGUUCCACUCUUUAUCAUAAUGCAACGUUUUGCCCUUAUUGUGGCUCGAGUAAAAAGUCAAUUGCAACCAACUGGUGGAAAUUCUACAACAGCAUAUUGGCUAAUUGUGGCUUCAUCUGUGGCCUAUGUAACAUCAGUGACAAUGCUGAUUUGGCUACCUAUGAAGUAUAUGGUGUUCAUGAAGAAGAAGGCACUGGUUGCUCGGAAGAAAUGGAGACCUGUUGCUUUGGCCUUUGUACUUCUCUCAACACUGCCCUGUUUUGCCUUCCUUAUAGCCAGCUCUGAGGUGCAGAUUAGACAUAAUCUGAGGUUGGACACUUUUGCUGAACUGCCAGUGUCAUUGGUUCUAUUUUCUCUGAUCUGCAUUGAUAUAGUGGAAAGAAUCCGACAUUGCAGACUUACUGGUCAAGGUUCAUCAAGGAACGUGAUUGGUGAAUCCUGAAGCGGAUGACUUUAAAAGGGCGGCGCUACCAACACAUCGAGCUCGCUUUGGGCGUUUGCUUCUGUGGCGUGAAGAGCUGCGGAUUCUGCCUCCGUCAAUAGAUCACCAACAGC